AUGGCCUCAGGCAUUCAGCCAAUCGGUUCGCCACCCAAGAAAAUCACUUCAAGCGAUUCUACCUUGGACCCAUCUGUGAUCGAGCGGCCUCUUCUUGCGAUCCGCACCUUCACACCAGACCGCCUCGCGGCACCUCUUCUCUCACCCUGCUCGUCCUGCUUCACGUUCAGAGAAGCCAAGAAAGACCAACCGAGUCCCCACGCCAGUGCUCGCGUCGUCGCGUCGUCGCAGCGUCGCGUCAUUCGGUCUUCCUUGCCUCGAGCAAAGCAGCCUUCGUCCACAGUUCACUCCAUCACAAGCGACACCAACUGCGCCAGGUACGCAUGCUCACCCGAGCAGCGACCGACCAUGACUUCCGUCAAUCCCGCCGUCGUCGCCUUGGAUGAUACGCAUCACCCCAAUGCGCACCUGACGACUCGCAAUGCCAACGUCUCACCUUUCCUGAAGUUUCCCCUGGAGAUUCGCCUCCUGGUCUACAAAUAUGCCGUCUUUGUUCAGAAGCCCAUCAAGCCUCUUCAAGUGAAACGUCGCUCGAACAAGUUCGUCUGGGGUAAUCACUCUACCCAAGAUGUGUCGCGAGACCAUGCACCCCCGCAAAGCGUGCGGGUUUCUACCGAGGAACCAUUGGCGAUGACGCAACUCUCAUUCACAUGCCGCCAAAUAUACAAGGAUCUCGAGGCAUAUCCCGUUUUCUACCGAGUCAACGCUUUCAGUUUUACUGAAGAAUGGGACGCCGCUACUUUUGUGGUCGCAAUCACGCCCGAACGACGCAGCAUGAUCCGCAGAAUCAUUGUCUACUCUGAAGUUAAUUUAUAUGGCGGCCUUGGCAGAACGCUCGAGGAGACAUAG